ACAUAUCUUGAGGUCAGAGGUCAAGGGACCCCUUUGAAAAUGGCCAUGCCAGUUUUUCCUCGCCAAAAUUUUGCGUAAGUUUGGAGCGUUAUUUAGCAAGAUCACUUCUUAUCUUGAAAGGCUUGAAUAUUACAUUUUAUUUCAAUGAGUCUUACCAAGCGAAUUUUCACUUGUUCCAUUGGCUUCAUUGUAUUAUAUGUUUUGUUGUUUUGUUUUUUUACUUCUUGUUGAAGUGGCUUUUUAUCCAGUGCAUCAAACACCUGUGCGAUGCUCGGAAGUCCACAUUCCUUUUUUAUGAGAGUCCACAUAUUUUUUUGCCAUAGCGUGCUUAUUAUAAAUCUGUCUCCUGAGCAUCUGUGUCUUGUUUAUAGUAGAUGACAUCCACUCAAAUACUGCAACAUUGUCACUUUUAAUGAGCAGUUAAAUCUAGUGAUGAGUGCGUUUGUUUUUUUUAAACGUGUGAAACAAAAUAUUUAAAUAGUUUCAAAUAUGAUUAUUUUACUUUCCAUUGCACGUCCAAAAAUCCAUGAUUAAAGUGCCAUCUAUUUUUUUUUAUAGUGGUGGACUGUCCUACCUUAUGGUGUCAAGAUGGACAUUUAUUUAUUGUUUUCUAGUGCAAACAACGCCAGGUUAUGAGAUAUUAUUAUAAGGAUGGAGGUAGAUUAAUCCCCUCCCAACCACUCCCAGCAUCCCCUCAUCUCUCUCUCUCUCUCUGUCUCUCUCUCUCUCUCUGUGAUGCUGCAGCCUCCUGUAGUCUCUCCAGUCUCCAGUAAACAGCAGUCAUGGCGACAGUGGUCCAACCGCUCUCUCUGGAUCGAGAUGUUGCCAGGGCUAUCGAGCUGCUGGAGAAGCUGCAGGAGUCGGGUGACGUGCCCGGUCACAAGCUCCAGUCUCUGAAGAAGGUCCUUCAGAGUGAGUUCUGCACAGCCAUCAGAGAGGUGUACCAGUACAUGCAUGAAACCAUUACAGUGAAUGGCUGUCCAGAGUACCAGGCGAGGGCCACAGCCAAGGCAACAGUUGCAGCCUUCGCCGCCAGCGAAGGUCACUCCCACCCGCGAGUCGUGGAGCUCCCCAAGACGGAGGAAGGGCUGGGCUUCAACGUGAUGGGCGGCAAGGAGCAGAACUCGCCCAUCUACAUCUCCCGCAUCAUCCCCGGAGGCGUGGCCGAGAGGCACGGCGGCCUAAAGCGAGGCGAUCAGCUCCUGUCCGUCAAUGGCGUGAGCGUGGAAGGCGAGCACCACGAGAAAGCGGUGGAGCUGCUGAAGGCGGCCAAGGACAGCGUGAAGCUGGUGGUCCGCUACACCCCCAAAGUGCUGGAGGAGAUGGAGGCUCGCUUUGAGAAGCUCCGUACGGCCCGGCGGCGCCAGCAGCAGCAGAUCCUCAUGCAGCAGCAGCAACAGCAGAACGUGGCCUCUCAGCAGAACCACAUGUCGUUGUUCCAAAAGAAGAAGAAGUGAAGGAGAGCGAAGAGGUGGAUCUAAAAAAGACCAUCUGUUUUUGCGUUGAGGAUCCCAAAGGAAGCUCUCCGUCGCGGAGGAAAAACCAUCAAGUAGAAGACUCUUUUACUUCCUCUCUCCCUUCCAGUUUACCACCGAUUACUGAG